AUGCCACGCUCAUCAGCUGCGGCUAGGAAGAACCAGAGCAAUCGGCAGGAGAAUGGCCUCGUCGGUCCCGGCAAGAAAGUAACCAAACAAAAAUCCAGCAGUCAACUCAACGGCAACUCGGGCAACGGCUCUGCUACCGGUCCGGGCGCGUCCGCUCACUUCGAUCUAUCCUCCGUACGUCUUACAAGCGACACGGCCCUGACCUCUCCGAUUGUUGCGGGUAAAGGGGAGACGAUCAAGGCGGAUGGCAAUGUGCAUGCGGUGAAUGGACACAGCAAGGGUGAGGAGAUGGCGUGUGAUCAGUCAAAUGGUGCUGUGCCCCAGAAUGGGGCCGUGGCAGCUCAUGGCUCUCGCAAUGGAAACUCGAAACGAUCCGGAUCCAAUGCGUCAAUUAAUCCGCUCCAACUCGCCUCUACCAUUCUGAAAUCGUGCCCGAUGUACGAUACAAUCGCCAUCUUGAUUUUUCUGCUUCAACUUCCUCCGAUGGUCUUGACUCUGGUUCAGUUCUUAUUCGCUUCCUUGACUUUCAUGCCUCCCAGCGGCGCUGCGGCCGGUUCUCUGUCGUCAAAUUUUGAUAUCUUUCAGGGUCCGGCCGGAACCCCGUCGCUCGGGACGAUGAUUGCGAUGGAUGGUUUCUGUAUACUUCUCUGGGGCCUCUUUAUGUGGACCUGGGCGCAGAAUUUUGCCAUCGACCUCGCGCAUGUCCAGGUUGCUAUCACCUUGGGUGGCGGGGGUCUGGGAAGAACGGCGGGCAAAGGCAUACAGGAUUUUGUCCUGGGUCAUCUCGUUUCUACUAAACUUAUCAGUCCCGACGCUCUCUCUCAAUAUUCGCACCUGCUACCCGCCGAGUUCCGACGAACAGAAACACAAACAUCCCCUAGUUGGCUCCGCAGCCUUCUUGCUGUACAUAUUUUGGCACAGGCAGGAACCGCCAUGGCUCGACGAUCUAUGGCCAAGAAUAGGUCACCCACCCCAUUACGGACGGGAAAACGCGGGGAUACAGAAGCUUCCGCGGGGUCCCAGGGCCAAGCCGAUUCCGCUCUUGAAUCUGCUGCCAGCGUUUCAUCUUCUUUUGUUGGACCUGAUGGUCAACUGAAGGAUGGGAAGGACCGAUUUACUUCGGCUAAGAAACGCAGAAGGCAGGCAAAUCAAGUUCGGAGUCGGCAGCCAUUUUGGGCCGCACUUGCGAGUACAAAGGUUACGGUUAUGCGGGAAUAUGAGCAUUCACGGGCUAUAUCUAAAACGGCACGAAACCUUACUAUGACGGAGGAAGACCUCCAGGGUGCUUCUCUCGACGAUGGACUAGUAUGGAUUACGGAUGUGGACAGCUCUUCAAUCAAAUAUGCGGCGGGUGAGUUUACCGAUGACCCCGCUAUAUCGGGAUCAUUUGAAGGAGGCCGCUUGGAUGGAGACGUGGAACCAUUCUACGUCUGUGUCAACGGUGCACUCUGGGCUACUGCCACUAUAUACAGGGUUUCGGAUGUCAAAGGACCAAACGCGGUUCACUGGCGGGGUGAAAUCUCCGGACUUGCUCCGAAUUGCGCCUAUACAUGUGCAUUUGUGCGAAGCAAUACCGACGAGGAAAUAUGUGUCAUGAGUGUCAAGACGCCUGCAACGACUGACACAGAACAAGUUAUAUCCGCGGUAUCGACUCCCCCGCAACCGCCAUAUCGACCAUCGUCCCCCACAACCACGCUCAAGAACUCCAUUGUCAAUGCGGAAUCUAAGCUAAACGAAAAACGCUCACGCCUCAAGAAGACAAAGAACGACCACAAAGUUGUCAUCUCGAAAAUCCGGAAAGAGCUCGACAAUUUCAACCAACGCCUUCACAGCGGAACAGACGAGAAUCGGCAAAAGCAGCGUUCGUUCCAGCUAGAACGAAACAUUCGCCAAACCGAGGAAGCCACCGCGGCUCUGGAAACACAAUUAGACAGCAUGGAAACUGUCCCAGAGGAGGAGAUGGAAGAAUGGGACGCACACAAGAAGGACUUUGAGCAUGAGUUGGAAUUGUUCAACGCUGUCAAGGAGGAGGUAACAGCUGCUCGUGCAACUGGAGCUCAAGAUGUGGCCACCCUUGAUUUGGAAUUGACUCAGGCUAUCCAGAAGCGCGAGCGUCUCCAGAGUCGCCGCACUCGGGUGAAUGAGCAGUACGAGCGCAUCAUUUCAGCCAAUGCCCAAGGAUUGAACGAGAGAGAACGCCGCGCAGCUGAACAGUUUGCCAGGGAACAGGAUCAGUCGAAAAUGGAAGCCAAUUUCCAUGAGCAAUUCGGGAGCAUCAGUCAAUCCGUGCAGGAUUUCCAGCUGCGCACCAGUCAACUCUGGCAGCAGGCGUCUGCGAUUGAACAGUCUAUCCAACAGCAACAGCAACAAAUGCUCAUUGAUUCCGGUCCUCUGACACCAGAAGGCAACCUACCCGGUACCAAUCCUCUCUCCGAGAUCAGCGGAAUGCCAUUGAACACAUCGAUAUCCACUGCACCCAGCGCCCGGGCUCUGUUGGGUCUGAGCUUUCCUCCUGCGAGGUCCAGUCCACUGCAGAUCUCGUCUUCUCCAGUCCAUGAUUCCGCUUCUCAUCCAACAAGCCCGUCUCAGGACAUUCCAUUCCUUCCACAGUUUCCGAAUUCUCCGGCUGGAGUUGGGGGCUCUUAUUUCGGCUCAGACAUCAAUCACCGAGAUCGUUCAUUCUCCAAUCGCUCCACUCGCAGCAGCCAGUACGGCUCUGAUUUCUUGGACUUGAACCGCAUGCCGCCUCUCCAGCUUGACCUAUCUGAGCUACUAUCUGACAAGCCGCGGCCUGGCUCUCCAGGGAAUGGUUUCCUUCACCAAGGCGCCCGUCCUGUUCUGAGUCCGUUCCAGCGAGCAGCAAGUCGAGGCAGUGGGACUGGUAGUGGUAGCGGUGGCAGUGGAAGUGGAACCGGCAGUCCACACUCUUCGCGCGAUUGA